UGAAACUCGGAUUAUAGUAUGAGGAAAUUUCUCGAGAUCAAUGUUGGCAUCCUCGGGUGCGAUUUUCAGGAGUGUCUCCCAACCAUAAGAGAGCCCCUGCGACUUGACAUCAUGCCACAAUCCGUGUGCAAGGUGGACGGACACUAGGUUGGCUUUUCAACCGAGAUACACCACAUUCGUUCUAACGAGCGCCGGCAGGUGGAAGCAAUUCAGGUGGGUCUACGCUAAGCUAUAUUUAGGCAUGAAGUACGACCCCGGGCUCCAAGAGUAUUAGGUAAGUAAUUGCUCUCCCCUGGCCCACAGAGACCAAGGUCUAUAAAACCGGCCUUCAUACUCGAUCAAUCUCGCUCUGUCCACUCACAAACAAAACCCACUUGAUAUGGCUUGCUUGAAUUGAAAGUUCACCACCUACCUAUCUAGUUCGCAUCAUGCCCGCCGCCACUGAAACCCCCGGCCAUAUCCCUGUCUCCGAAUGGCCCAACCUCGAGGCUCUCGCUGUCGGCUACGACGAGCAUCUGAUGAGUGCGUGUGAAAGACUAACCGGGCAAACGCUCACUCUGGUUUUUCCCAAAGCCCCACGUGUCGCGCACCGCUUCCUCAACGAUCACACCCUGGAGUGGGAGGUCCUGUCCACCAACCAGCGGGGGCACGCCGAGUACCAAGCCUUCGAAGUCCGACCCAAUACAUUCUUCGUCGACCUUUACAAAGCAGACUGUGAGGAACAAGUCACUCUGGUGCUGAAUCAGACCACUGGUCAAGCCAUCGUUGCACUCUCCGGCUUUCACAUUGUGAAUGGGACCAAAAGGACAUACACGAAGUUCUCCGAUGCCGCUCUUGACGGGAUGGACGGCGCUCGCCCUUUUGAGCUCACGGAAGAUCUGAUUGGAAAGCACAUCCUCUACCGCUAUACCCCGCGGGACGCGUACGAGCAUGUGUACUUGAACCAAGGCACAUUCACGUGGCAUUGCCUGACCGGAACGGAGAAAGGGCUGGCAGAUACCGAGCCGUGCAAGAUGCUGAAGUUGGGAGAGAAGUUGUAUCUUCUGUUUUGGAGCGAGAAAGUCAUGCCGGUCGAAUCCGUGGUGGUGGUAGAUCUGGAGCAGAUGCGGUCCACGGGGCGAUUCUUCUGCUGGGAUCCAAAGCCGGCGAAAUUGGUGCAGAUGCGGUUCGGAUCUCAUGCGACGGUGUUGGCCGAGACGGAUGCCACGCGGGUUGUGCAGUCGAAGAUAAGUCACCUUUGAUGAAACUGUAGUUAGCCUGGUUAGCUUUAGGAGGGAGUCAACGUCAAGACAGAAAAUCUUGUGCAUAGCCUUCUUACAGUGCUUACAGUGCAGUACAGCUGACAGUAGACUACGGA